AUGCAGACUAGAUGCUCUGUCCUGGGUUGCGGAAUGAGCGAGGACGGCUGAAUGACUAGGAGCCCCAAGUUGUUUCUGUCUCCAAGAGAGGUCUGUCUGGAUAUCAUUUUUUUUUUGCAUUAAAAAAAAGAGCCAAGCCUCUGAUCGUUCGCCACCUGACGAAGUGAGUUUUGAUUGAAGUAGCCCAGCUGCUUUCCUUAUUGCUGGCAGCCAGCAGCCGGGGAGGCUCCCUAAGUGAGCUACUUCUCAGGCUAGGCACGAGCGAAUUUGAAAAAGCAGGAAACAGCCCCUGCGUGUAGAGCUUCAGCCUGGGAACUCCCAGGCUGUAUUCCAGACAGCUGUGUAGCUAGAGACCCUUGGUAUUGUGGUCACAUCCCUAAGAAGUGAACAGUCAUCAGUAGUGGCAUUUGGAGGCAGCCGGGAUGCUACAGAUGCUGUGGCAUUUUCUGUCUAGCUUUUUCCCUAGAGCUGGGUGUCAAGACUCCAGAGAGGGCAUCGAUCAUGGAGUCAAAGGCACCCAGACCCCUGCUCGGGGAGACCAGAUGUCCACCUUUUUGGGGAAACAAAACGGAAGGGCUGAGGCCACGGAAAAGAGACCCACCAUCUUGCUGGUGGUCGGACCUGCAGAACAGUUUCCUAAGAAAAUUGUGCAAGCAGGUGACAAGGACCUUGAUGGGCAACUGGACUUUGAAGAGUUUGUGCAUUACCUCCAAGAUCAUGAGAAAAAACUGAGACUGGUGUUCAAGAGUCUGGACAAAAAGAAUGAUGGACGAAUCGACGCUCAAGAGAUCAUGCAGUCCCUGCGGGACCUGGGUGUCAAGAUCUCUGAACAGCAGGCAGAGAAGAUUCUUAAGAGAAUACGAACGGGCCACUUCUGGGGCCCUGUCACCUACAUGGAUAAGAACGGCACGAUGACCAUCGACUGGAACGAGUGGAGGGACUACCACCUCCUGCACCCCGUGGAGAAUAUCCCUGAGAUCAUCCUGUACUGGAAGCACUCAACGAUCUUCGAUGUGGGUGAGAACCUGACAGUCCCAGAUGAGUUCACAGUGGAAGAGAGGCAGACAGGGAUGUGGUGGAGGCACUUGGUGGCCGGAGGUGGGGCAGGGGCAGUUUCCAGAACAUGUACUGCUCCCCUGGACAGACUGAAGGUGCUCAUGCAGGUCCACGCCUCCCGCAGCAACAAUAUGUGCAUUAUAGGCGGAUUCACACAGAUGAUUCGGGAAGGCGGAGCCAAGUCUCUCUGGCGGGGUAAUGGCAUCAAUGUCCUCAAAAUUGCCCCUGAGUCGGCCAUCAAAUUCAUGGCAUAUGAGCAGAUGAAGCGCCUUGUUGGUAGUGAUCAGGAGACGCUGAGGAUCCAUGAAAGGCUUGUGGCAGGCUCCUUGGCUGGGGCCAUUGCCCAGAGUAGUAUCUACCCAAUGGAGGUUUUGAAGACCCGAAUGGCCCUGCGGAAGACAGGCCAGUACUCGGGUAUGCUGGACUGUGCCAGGAGGAUCUUGGCUAAAGAGGGUGUAGCUGCUUUCUACAAAGGCUACAUCCCCAACAUGCUGGGGAUCAUCCCCUACGCUGGCAUCGACCUAGCUGUCUAUGAGACCCUGAAAAAUACCUGGCUCCAGCGCUAUGCCGUGAACAGUGCAGACCCUGGUGUGUUUGUUCUCUUGGCCUGUGGCACUAUCUCCAGUACCUGUGGCCAGCUGGCCAGCUACCCCCUGGCCUUGGUCAGGACCCGGAUGCAGGCACAAGCUUCCAUUGAGGGUGCACCCGAGGUAACCAUGAGCAGCCUCUUCAAACAGAUUCUGCGGACUGAGGGGGCCUUUGGGCUAUACCGGGGGCUGGCCCCCAACUUCAUGAAGGUGAUUCCAGCUGUGAGCAUUAGCUACGUGGUGUACGAGAACCUGAAGAUCACACUGGGCGUGCAGUCUCGGUGACGGGAAGGUGGUGGACUUGGUGGUCCUGGGUUGCCGCCCAGGACGUGCAGCCAUCUCAUUCUGUGAAUGUGCCAACACUAAGCUGACUUACCCAAGCUGUGAAACCCAGGAUGCCACAGGGAGGGGCAGGUACCGGCAAGCUCUAGGCUGGUCCUGCUGACCUGGCAGGCCCUGUGUCCCUUCCAAGGAAGGCCUGUGGACAUGUCUUGGGGUCCAGAGGUCAGUAGGAUGUGGGCUCCUGCACCUAGAGAACAGGAUGUUUUCUGCAGUGCCUACCAGACAGUGAGCUCGGAGGCCAGCUUAGCUCUUCCAUCUUGUUCACUCAGCCAGACCUCAGCCACAUUCUCCCUCUGGUCCAAAGAGCAUUCCUGUGCCCCCUCGUGUCUUUCCCAUUGAUGUGCUGUGGUAGGAAGUGGGUGUAUCCCCCUUCUUCUUGUCCCUCUCCCCUCAGUGCUGGUCCUCCAAACCUGUUUCCCAGGCUGCAGCAUCCAUGGGGACCUUGCCUCUUCUGAGCUCACCAGCAAGGCUACCUGGAUGUGCCCAGGUACUCAGGCACUGGCUGCCUGGCACCAUGGUGCAUGGCUUUGCUGAAAGCUACUAUAGGACCUGGAUCCCAGAGGAUUUGUGCUGCCUGCAUGGGCCUAAUGUCCUCUGAGCUGUCCCUAAGCCCUGUCAGGACUGGCACCAGCUCAUGACCACACUUAUUGUUCCAUUUUGUGGUGUGAGAGCGGGGCAGGGUAUCUGCCCCAUGCGUACUGCCCUGAUGGUUCGGAAGGACAAGCUGGACCCCGCUCAUGUGCCGCACUUACAGAGAGAGCAUGAGGGGGUGCAGCAGAAGUGGUUUGGCUGCUUGGAAGUCUGUUCCGAGGUCCUGUGGGCCGAGUGGGACUAGCCUCACAUUCCACACGGUGUAUCACACUGCUUGGAGCCUAUUUAUUUUGUAUUUAUUUGAACAGAGUUAUGUCCUAUUUUUAUAGAUUUGUUUAAUUAAUAGCCUGUCAUUGUCAUGUCAAUUUUUUAUUCGUAUUUUAUGUUCAUGGUUUAUUGUACUUUCCCAUCACCGCCUGGUGGGGGUGGGGAGACAGGUGGAAGAGUGGCCACAGAGUGACCUCACCUGCUGCCUAUACUGACGGCAUGUCUGUCCAAGGAAACUCCUCUCUCAGCUGGAAACAAGAAAGGCACAAGGGAGGGCCUUGCUGUGAAAAGCAACCCCUGGCAGGCCGGGUAGGGUGGUGGGAAAGAGGGGAGAAUCUCUUUAUUUUGCCCUUUUGGAAUGACAAGGCAGGAGGACUGGGUGACCUGGGCUCCCUCCUGGCCCAUGGCUGCCCUUGCUCAAUGAGUGGUCAGCUGGCCACUUGGCAAUUGUGCCUCCACUGUCUCAACAGCCUAACGAGGAAAAUCCAAAUAGGAUGCAAAGAUCAAUGCAAAAAUUACUGUUCUGCAUAGUCUGUUGCUGUAACUGGACUUUGUCUAAGGCAAGCAGCCUUCUAAUAAAGUUGCUUCAAAGUGA